AUUGUAUUCGAUUGGGUUAAAACUUCAAACUCUAUUAGUUACAACAUCUGAUUUUUGUAAUAUAUAACCAUAACAAAUAUACUAAGACAGAUCAGAUCCGUCCUGAAUCAAAUACUAUCAUUGCUUGGUGGGGGGCUUUUUGGCUUCCAUCCUCCGGUCGCGUCUUGCUGCUUUUCUUUCUUCCCAGACUUGUCUUCCUCUCUCUAAUCAAAGUCUACUUUUUCUACUUUCGUAAUUAACAAAUUGAUAUUUAAGUAUUUUUAGUUGAGGGACUUGAGAGAAUUCCAUAGUUCAGUUGAAAGUUGACAGAGACACAGAGAAAGCCUUAAUCAUGGAACCCUAAAAGGCUUUUUCCCUUGCUCUUCAUCUGCAAAAGGACGAGAAAUUCGGGGAAAAUCAAUUUCAAUUGCAGUCAAACUGAAGAGGAAUAACGCAGAGAGCUUCUUCGCAGAUAUUAUCAUGUGGACAAAUGUUUUUAGAAUCGGAGGUCUCAGUCAAAUAUCAUGGUUCCAGUUUCUCCCUUUUGAAUCUGAAUUAAACUCUCUCCCUGACAAAAGGCUGCACAGCAUAAAAGUAGAGCAGAAAGAUGCUGCUACGUUGCUAGUUCUCUCAGCCCACCUGCAGCUGCAGAAGGAGGGAUGCCUUAGUACAUGGACAAAUUCCUUUGUUGGGCCUUGGGAUCCAUCUCAAGGUCUGCAUAAUCCAGAUGAGAAAAUUAAGCUCUGGCUUUUCAUCCCUGGACGUCAUGUAUCUGUUCUGGAGUCUGCUCAAUCUGCAGUGUCCAGGUUAAGAGUUGUUGCAUCUGGACUUUGGUUGGCUCCUGGUGACUCAGAAGAGGUUGCUGCUGCCCUUUCUCUGGCUUUAAGGAAUCGCAUAGAAAGGGCACUUCUAGGACUCUCCUACAUGAGAUUUGGUGAUGUAUUUUCAAAGUAUCAUCCUCCACAAAUUGAAGAAUCUUUCAGGAGAGCACAGCCUACAAUUGAGUUCAUCUUUGCUGCUACGGAAGAAGCACUUUUUGUACAUGCUAUAAUAUCGUCAAAGCAUAUCCGGGUGCUUUCAACUGGUGAUAUAGAACAAGUGUUAGAUCAUUCUUCUAAUAAUUCCAAUUACGUGCUUCCUGUAAUAAUUUCCCCACAUGGAAUGUGUGGUAGGCUCACAGGAAGUUGUCCAAAUGAUCUUGUCAAGCAAGUAUACUUCAGCAGCUCUGGAAAAAUUAGGAACUCUAAUGCUUUUAUCGGUCUACCAUUUCAUACUUCCCAAAGUUCUGGUUGCCAAUUGAGGGCCCACAACUGCUAUGUUAAAGUUUGUCUUGGUUGCUCUAAAUCUGGAAGUGACAAGGCAUUAAAUCGAAACUCCAAUUUUAUCAGGAAUUUACCCAAGCAUCAUUCUACUGAAGCUUCUGUAGCGGGAAGAGGUGAUCAGAAGGGAUCACUAGAUCUCUUAUCAGUACAUGAGAAAACAUUUAUCUGUCCAUCUGAGGCUGUACUUGUCCCAGUCUUGCAAACAUCCUUUGCUAGAUCCUCUAUGAGAAGAUUUUGGUUGCAAAAUUGGAUAGGACCUUCAUUGGCUGGUUCAUCUUUUUUUAGGCAUUGUGGUGGAAAUAUAGAUUCCAUAGAAAAUUCGUGGGUUGAAUUCAGUGGAGUACAUACAAAGCAUGGUUUCAACAGCAGCAGCAAUAGUAAUGAUAGCAGCAUAAGUUCCGUAAGUAGUAGUUCCAGUGAAAGUGUGACCACAGGAGCUCAUGACCUGGAGGCAGAUGCAGAUUCUUCGUGUAGACAGUCUGGCUUAUCUUCUAAUGAUCAGAUGGAGACUGAUUGCCUCAAACUGGGUUCCAAGCGUCCUCGAAUUGGGAUUACAGAGUCAUAUGGUCAAGCAGUUAUGAAUGCUUCAUCUCAAGAUGCUUACAAGUCUAAUAUUGGUUCCAUGGAAGUUAACAAGUCAGCAAUUACUGGCAUUGGAAAUGAUCAAAUUGGAUCCAAUUGGGAUUGGGAUGAUGAUGACAGAGGAAUUGUUAUGGAUAUCCAAUCUCUUCUCUCUGAAUUCGGAGAUUUUGGUGACUUCUUUGAAAAUGAUGUUCUGCCAUUUGGGGAGCCCCCAGGAACUGCAGAAUCAUCGGCUAUUAUGUUUGCUGUUCCAGAUUGUGGAGAUUUAGGAAGAAGUCCUGUUGGGGUAAUUGAUCAGAUGCUUUUGCCUGAAGGUCUUCCUUCCUUUGAUAGCUUUAAUCAACCUCCUCCAGUUGCCACAGAAGAGUGGUUGAGCAAAAGUCAAGAGGUCACAAGCAGUGCUUUGUUGUCUGGUCCAUCAAACCACACUCCAGUUUCUUCCACUGGUGAGUUUGAUCAUUUAAUGAAAGCUGAAGCACUGAUGACUUUUGCAGCAGAAUAUGGAGCAGUAGAAACUCCUGCAAGUGAUUCCUCAUCAAUUUUCAGAAACCCAUAUCUUCCAAACUCUCGUAAAGUGGAGAGUUCUAAUUCAAGCCCAAACAAUUACAUAUAUGCUGCAACACCACCCUCUUCUCCUUGCUUUGAUGGAUUGGAUGAGAAGACUGGCGUGCCUAUGAAUCUGAAAGCCAAACCUGGAGGGCAUGAUUCAAAUGCCAUGCUCCAACUGAAGAAAUAUUACACUUAUGUGGAGACCAGGAAAGAGAGAUAUGACAGGAGGCUGCUAACACAUAAUGAUAGCAGUGCGACAAAUGAGGUGUCAGGAACAUCUCAGUUUGCUAAUUUUAAUUCAAUCAAUUCAUUUAAGUCUGCAGACAGGAAAAUGACACAAGGCAUAUUUGGCAGAGAGCAUAUCCUCCCAUCUAUGAAGACUGUGCUUGCAACUGAAGUGGAAUGUGCUCUGUUCCAAGCUUCCAUGUUAAGGAUGCGACACUUACUUUUAUCUCCCACUAGCCCUGCAACUAUUAGCUUGAGUAGGCCUACAGCAACUUCCGUUUUAAACCAGCUUCCUAGUGACCCUAGUACCAUGACAGACAAUCUAUCUAGCCGGUAUGAGGUGAAGAAGAAUGAAUCUAUACCUGCCAGAAUUGCUGGUGAUAUUGAUGGAGGAAUGCUAGAUGGGCACCUUAAUGCUCCUGUUGGUGUAUGGCGCACUGUUGGAGUUCCAAAAGUUUCAAAGCCUGCUUCUUCACCAAGUAUUGAAGCUAGUCCAUCCUUAUCCCAUAAUUCGUUUAAUGAGGAAAGUAUGCUCUCUUAUGGGCAAAGGCAACCGCUUCAGGAGCUUCUUGAUGGCAUUGUGUUACUCGUCCAACAAGCUACUUCCUUUGUUGAUUUUGCGCUGGAUGCUGAUGGUGGCGAUGGUCCUUACAGUUGGCUUGCAUUACAAGAGCAUUGGAGACGAGGCUUUUGUUGUGGGCCUUCCAUGGUCCAUGCAGGUUGUGGAGGGACUUUGGCUUCUUGCCAUUCCCUGGACAUUGCUGGUGUGGAGUUGGUAGAUCCACUUUUUGCUAAUAUUCAUGCUUCUUCCGUAAUCAGUUUGCUGCACUCUGACAUAAAAUCAGCCUUAAAAUCUGCAUUUGGCAGUUUGGAUGGUCCUUUGUCUGUCACUGACUGGUGCAAAGGCCGUGGUCAAUCAGGUGAUGUUGGAGUCUCUGCUGAUGGAUCAUCUACAGAGUCCAAUAUAAGUGAAUGCCGAGAUUCUUCAAGUACUGUAACUCUCUCCGUGGGAGAAGCAAUGAGUCCAACUCAAACUUCUGUUGGUGGAUCAUCUGUCCUAAAAGAUGGAGGUAAAGUUGAUGAGACCAGCCAAAGGAGAUUGAACCAAGAAACCUCUGGUUCUGAGUCAGAGCAACAGCAGUGCAGCCGGCUAAGACCAACGCUUUUUGUUCUCCCAUCACCUGCAAUACUUGUUGGGUACCAGGAUGAUUGGCUUAGGACUUCGGCAAACUCUUUGCAGCUUUGGGAAAAGGCUCCUUUUGAGCCAUAUGCUCUACCAAAACCUAUAAAUUAUUCUGUUAUAUGCCCAGAUAUUGAUCCCCUUACUUCUGCUGCUGCUGAUUUUUUUCAACAACUAGGAACUGUAUAUGAGACAUGCAAACUGGGAACUCACUCACCUCAGAGUUUGGGAAACCAAAUGGAGAUAGACUCAGGAAAAUGGCCUUCUUCUGGCUUUGUCCUACUUGAUUGCCCCCAAUCAAUGAAGAUAGAAAGCAGUAACGCAUCUCUCUUGGGAUCAAUAAGUGAUUAUUUUCUCUCUCUGUCAAAUGGUUGGGACCUGGGUUGCUAUCUCAAGUCUCUUUCUAAGAAACUUAAAGCUUUGAAAGUUGGCCAAUAUUUGUCCACAAACCAAAAGGAAGGAAUAAGUGGCCCUUGCUUGGUAAUAUACGUGGUGUGUCCCUUCCCUGAGCCUACCGCAGUCCUAAAAACGGUAGUUGAAUCUUCUGUUGCUGUUGGAUCAAUUAUUCUGCCCUCAGAUAGAGAUAUGAGAUCUAUACUGCACGGUCAGGUGGGGAAGGCAUUAAGCAGCUCAGUAGCUGCGGAUGAAACAUCAAUAUCAAAUAUUCCAGUAGUUUCAGGGUUUAGUGUUCCUAAAUUGGUUCUACAGAUUGUGACCGUGGAUACCAUUUUUAGGGUUACAAGCCCACCUUUUAAUGAACUUGUCAUUCUUAAGGAGACAGCUUUCACUGUAUACAACAAAGCCCGGCGAAUUUCGCGGGGAUCCAUGAAUGAUACAGUCCUGUCAUCAUCAUUAUCUAGUAGAUCUCAUUCCGUCUUAAAUCAUAUGACAUCUAUUCCAGGAAUGUGGAAGGACUGUGUUGGUUCUCGAAUCUCAGGGUCUUCUCUUCCUAGAGAGGGUGAAAUUGAUUCCAGCUUGAGGGGUGGUGCUUGGGAAAAUUCAUGGCAAACAAGGACAGGAGGAUUAAGUUGUGAUCCAAACAGAAAUGGGGAUUUCUUCUAUCCAGAAGAAGUUCGCUACAUGUUUGAACCACUUUUUAUUCUUGCAGAGUCUGGUUCUGUGGAUCAUGGAGUUUCAGCUACAGCUUUUGGUAAUUCAACUUCUGAAACUUCAAAGAUAGUGUCAGAGGAAAGUAGUGGAGGCUUCAUGCAGACUGCAAAUUCAACAGGAAGUAUUGAUCCUGGCUCAGGCUCUCAGCUUGAUGGAUUAGCGCCUGAUGGUCUUAGUUCUAGUAAUCAAAAGACUCCAAGCUUACAUUGUUGCUAUGGAUGGACGGAGGAUUGGCGGUGGCUGGUAUGCAUCUGGACGGAUGCAAGGGGGGAAUUGCUUGACUGCAACAUAUUCCCUUUUGGGGGAAUUAGCAGUAGACAGGACACAAAAGGUCUACAAUGCCUUUUUGUACAAGUUCUGCAGCAAGGUUGUCAAAUGCUUCAGACAUGCACCUCUUCUGAUACUGGUGUUGUCAAGCCUAGAGACUUUGUAAUCACACGUGUUGGAAAUUUAUAUGAGCUUGAAUACCAAGAGUGGCAAAAAGCCAUCUAUUCAGUUGGUGGAUCUGAGGUGAAGAAAUGGCCACUACAGUUGCGCAGAUCUGUUCCUGAUGGCAUGCCUGCUAGCACAAAUGGAACUUCAUUAGAGCAGCAGGACAUGGGUUUGAUUCAAGAGAGAACACUUCCUUCCUCACCUAGUCCAUUGUACAGCCCGCACGCAAAGGCUGGCUUUAUGAAAGGUGGUUUAGGACAACCGGUCACGAGAAAGCAGCUUGUAAGUGGACAAACAUUAGUUGACAACUCUAGGGGAUUGCUUCAGUGGGUGCAGAGUAUCAGUUUUGUUUCAGUUUCAGUUGACCAUUCUUUACAUCUAGUGUUCCAAGCAGAUUCACUGUCUCCUGGAACUCAGGGUGGUAGUGUUAUGGGUCAAUCAGGAUACCUAGAAGGGUUCACUCCUGUAAAAUCUCUUGGUUCAACAUCUGCUUCUUACAUGUUAAUCCCAUCUCCCAGCAUGCGCUUCCUACCUCCAUCACCUCUUCAGCUUCCAACAUGUCUCACUGCUGAAUCACCACCACUUGCUCAUCUUCUUCACAGCAAGGGCUCUGCAAUCCCCCUUUCUACUGGGUUUGUGGUCUCAAAGGCUGUACCUACUAUGAGGAAAGACUAUAGAAAUUACACAAAAGAGGAAUGGCCUUCGGUUCUUUCCGUCAGUCUCAUUGAUUAUUAUGGAGUUCAUAAGGUUACCCAAGAUACUAAAGUAAUCAGAGAAAUUGCAAAGCAGGCAGGAAGGACGCUCAGCUCUGAAGCUAGAGAUUUUGAAAUUGAUAGCCAUUUGAUUUUGGAGUCUGUUGCAGCAGAGCUUCAUGCUCUGUCAUGGAUGACAGUCAGUCCAGGAUACUUAGAUAGGCGAACUGCACUGCCAUUUCACUGUGAUAUGGUUUUGAGACUGAGAAGAUUGCUUCAUUUUGCUGAAAAAGAGCUCUCUCGAGUGCCAGAUAAGUCCCUAGUUUAAGAAGUUCCAUGAUUUAUGGAAUACUGGGUUUAUGUCCAUAAGUCACUGUAAAAUAGAUUGUGUCAUGUUAUAUGCAUGUGUGAUUGCAGCUCAAAAGUUUGUAUCUAUAAAAAGAAAUAAAGUAGUUAGAUCUAUUGAUUCUGGUAGUGGCUGCCCAUUAGAGAUGUGGUAGUAAAAUCUGGUAGUAAACUAACUUAGAACUGCUGUUACUGUUAUACAUUCUAAUAGGUAAUGUUGCAAGAUCUUAAAAGCUGUGCAACAUUUUAGUCCCUUGUAGGAGAGAUUUUGGUGUCUCAAUGUUCAAUUUUGUCUUUCAUUUCACUAAGUUACACUUUUGCUGUUACCUUAACAAUUCCCACCUUCAUUUCUCGUCAAAACUAUCCAUGAAGUGAUUCUAUUGUCGGCUUAAUGUAGGGAUUUUUUUUUGAAAUUUUGUCUCUUGAAUUUUUAUUUUUAAGGUUUUUCCAAUUCAUAUUUUCUGUUAGGGGUAUAAUUGAGUUGAAUUAGGACUUGGAACUCGGCUAAGUUAAGAAACUCGAUGCUCAAGCAUGACUAUACUAGAUUCAAUCUUAGAAAGAUCAGAAAUAUUCUAUCUGAACUCAAAAACACAAAGUCCAGCAGGAAGGUUGGCUUUGGCAUGCAUACCACCCUUCAUGCAGGAUAUUAGACAAGCACCAGAAGAACAUAGUAGGGAUCAAAACAGUUGGACACCAUCUUCGAGUUGGGUUUAUUUUUUGUUCCGAUUGGAUUCCAAUAAUUUUGGAUUCAUAUCAUUUCAAAUACAAGUUAUUUCAAAUUUGAAUUAUUAUGGAUUCAGUUUGAGUUGAGCAGACCUAAACGAGUUUGAAUAA